AUGGGCAGCGGCGGCUCUGCGGGGCGCGGGGCGCGGGCGGCGGUGGCCGAGGGCCCGGACGGGGCCGAGCAGCGGCUGCCGGUGCGGGGCGGGCGGGUCCCGGCCGCGCUCUGGGCACAGCGCGGGCUGCGGAAGCUCUACCUGAGCGGUGCGGGGCUGCGGGACGUGCCGGCCGAGCUGGCGGCGCUCCGGCACCUCCGCACCUUGGCUCUGGACGGCAACGAGCUGAUGGAGGUGCCCGAGGCUCUGUGCCGCUUACCCCGCUUAGCGUAUCUCUACCUGGGCCGCAACGGGCUGCAGGGGCUGCCGCCCGCCUUCGCCAGCCUGCAGAGCCUGCGCUGCCUCUGGCUGGAGGGCAACUUCCUCGCCCACUUCCCCCGCGCCCUCCUGCGCCUGCCCGAGCUCCGCAGCCUGCAGCUGGGGGACAACCGGCUGGCCCGGCUGCCCGCCGCGCUGCCCCGCAUGGCCGAGCUGCGCGGGCUCUGGCUCUACGGGAACCGCUUCGAGGAGUUCCCCCCGGUGCUGCUGCGCAUGGGUCAGCUCCGCGUUCUCGACUUGGAUCGUAACCGCAUCGCCCGCUUCCCCGACCUGGCCGGCCUCGCCGCCCUGCGCCUCUUCUCCUACGACCACAACCCCGUCCAUCAGCCGCCCCGCGUCGGGGAUGCCGUGAGGCUGGUGGGGAACGGGGCGCAGGAGUUUAUGGAAGCGAGGCAGGAGCGCCUGGAGAGCCUCCAGCGCCAAGAAGAGGAGGAGCAGGAGGAAGAAGGCACCGAGGCCCCAGCGGUGGCCCCCGAGGAUGGGUCGCCGCUGCUGGAGGAUGGGGAGGGUGGAUUCGCAGCCCUGCCGGGCUCCCCAGGGGAAACAUGAGCCUCCUUCCUGCAGCCAGACACCCAUAGGGAAGCAUCACAGAGGGAUGGGAAGCCUCGGCCGGGCUCCCAAGGACCAGCAUUUCCCAGCUGGGGCUGGGGAAUAAGGAAGCUCACAGCCUCCAUGUAAAGAAGCAGAGUCCCAGCAUCAGCAUCUCCUGCUUGGGACAGCAAAGAGCUGUCUCAUGGAUCUACACUGGGAUCCACAAACCCACCUUGGAGCGUCCCAUGUAACCACAGGGUGCCUUGGAUGGGGGAAGCAGCCCUCUGCCCUGAUGGGUGACCCCACGGACCCCAGUUGCCUGCUGGGCAGGUCCUGGCGGGCAGCACAGUGCUGCUGAGAGCCAGGCGUCCCCAUGGACAUGGGGAUCUUCUGCAGCCGCCCUGCCACCUCCAUGGGCAUCCUUUGCUCCCAGCUCCCUGGGGCAGGACAGGCAAUGCAACACUGUUUGCAUCCAAUCCAUGUGGAUCCCGUCACCCUGAAGAGCAAGGUUGGACAACAA